UGGUCACGUGUGUUUUGAAACGUUUGUACGAAUGGAACAGAGCAGGCGGUCCGUUGCACUCGAAUGCGAUUUUGACCCGAGAAUAAGUUUAACAUCGGCGCUCACAGCAUUUAUACGCUUUGAUAAACCCUCUACUACUUCAGAAACUGGUUUAUUUUAACAUUUGCUAGCUUUGGAUAACGUUAGCUACCUUGCUUUGGCUAACAUUAGUUCGUAUCAGCGCUGUGGACAGUCGGGUCCCGCUUUCGCAUGAGGAUUGUACCAUUUUCGGUGUAACGUUGGUACCAUUAGUGGUAUCUGUGUUAGCAGAUUCGGUUGAAUCAAAGUUAUCGUUACGGGUUAGUCAAGCACAAGUGUCGUUAAAAAUGGUGUUCUUCACCUGCAACGGCUGUGGUGAAUCCCUGAAAAAAGCUCAGGUUGAUAAACAUGUGAACAUGUGCCGGGGGUGCCAGGUCCUGUCCUGCAUCGAUUGUGGAAAAGACUUCUGGGGUGAUGACUACAAGAACCACAAUAAAUGUAUCAGUGAGGAUCAGAAGUAUGGAGGCAAAGGCUACGAGGCUAAGGCAAACAAAGGAGAUGUGAAACAGCAGCAGUGGAUCCAGAGAGUCAAUGAAGCCAUGAACAAACCUGGAGUCAGUGCAAAGCUAAAGGAUGUGCUCCAACAAGUCAGUUCGUAUGAUAACGUCCCAAGAAAAAAGGCAAAGUUUCAGAACUGGAUGAGAAACAGUCUUAAAAUAGCUAACACCAGUCUUCAUGAUGAAGUGUGGGACAUCCUCGCUGCAGCGGACAAUCCUCCUGAGGCACCACAGGAGACUAAAGAAGCUAAACAGACAGUGGCUGAAGUCAAAGUGGAUACUAAUGGAAAUGAAAAGCAGAACGGCCAUCCAGACGUUAAGAAGAAGAAACUGAACAAACGGGAGCGUAAAGAGGCCCGUCAGCAGAAGAAUGGGAAGGCUGUGAAGACAGUUGCACAGGAGGUAGAAGAAGACCGGGCAGGCAAAGAAAAAAAAAAGGACAGAAAGAGAAAGCACCGCUGUGAGGAAGACGGAGAUGAAGAACAGAACGAACACGUUGCUGAAAAUGAGACAUCCAGCAAGAAAAUGAAGACAAUUGACCAAGCUGCAGAGGAGUCAGAGGAGACUGAGGAUCGAGCAGUUCCUAAAGGCAAAUUCAACUGGAAGGGAAAUAUCAAGGCAGUACUGAGAGAAUCUCCUGACCAGGAACUGUCAGUAAAGAAACUCAGGAAGAAGGUUUUGGCAGCGUACUACUCUUUCACUGGUGAUGGAAAUUUUAAAAAGGAGGAGGAGGUGCUAGCACUUUUCAGCAAGAAGAUCAACAACAAUCCCAAAUUUAGAGUCUUGAAAGACAGAGUUAGACUUGUAAAGUAGACAUGUUUAUCUUAUCUGUCUGACAUGAAAUGUAUGUUGUUCAUAGACUUUUAAAAUUUAAAAGCCAUUGGUCUGUCCAUCCUCCCUUGGAUGUUUUUAUACAGAUGAAAUAAUCUCGAAGAUUAAAUAAUUUUAUAACUGAA